UAGUCGGUUACGAUUGCCGUGAGCCGAGCACCGGAAGUGUCGAGGAAGUGUGGAGCAGUAUCAGUAUCAGAGUCAGAAUUUGAAUCACAACCAGAAUCAGAAUCUGAAUCACAUCUUUAGCCCAAAAAAAACUGAAAUCUAAGGCUCUAAAGCCAGCCAAUCAUCGGACCUUCUAACUCAAUCUGAAAAAAAAAAAAAAAAAAAAAAAAUCCAAAUUUUUCAAAUUUCCAAAACAAUAACAACAGUUUUCUGGUGCCAAAAGACAUUGCCGCGUGCUUGAAGAAAUCGACCAAAUUCAAGGUUUGGAUUCUGGUUCUCCCCUCAUUUGGUGUCGUACCUUUUUUUUUUUUUUUUUUUGGAAGUGCGUGCGUGUUAUGAAAAGUUUGUUUGAGGGGUUUUCUUUUUGAACAAAAAAAAAAAAAAAACAAAAAAAUCAUAAAAUAAGUUACAACAAAGCAGCUGCUGAGCGGGAAAGUCGGAGGUCAGGUAUCCCCAGUUCCCCAGUCCAGCCAGCUCUAUUAGAAGCCAUUGCUUUUUCUGCUUGCCUCGGCUCGUUCGAGGUGAAAACCAGCUUAUGCAGACCUAUGCGGAAAAUUUUAUUUCAUUUCGGUUCGGUUUGGUUUGGCUUGCUUCGUUAUUUCCUUCAGCUCAUGUUGGGGUUCCGGUUUUGGGCUCUCCUCUUUUUUUUGUUUGGUUUCUGGGUUAAUUUUCGUUGCCUUUUCAUAUUUGAUGAGGACGUGUGAUGGCGGAGAGGGGGUGUCACCUAAAACAGAAGCUCCAGUUUUCCACUUUUCCGUUUCCUUGGCACCACGGGACUCAGAGCAUCCCCUACCAUUUUAUACUUUAUUUAUCUGUCCGCCCUUCCAUGGCCUUUUGUUAUGCAUGGCCGUGUGAAUCAUUCAUAUGCAAAUUCUGUGUAAAAAUCUCAUUUGUGUUCUCAGGAAUCCCGCAGAAACCACUGGGAUGUGUCCGCAGGGGAAGAAGAACAAUGGGCAAAGUCAUUCAGUGGUCUCUCCGGUUUUCUGAUGGGUAUGGUAUGGGCCGGGGUAAAACGAUGGCCAAUGCCAUAUUUUGGUCUCGAUUAAGUGUUGCCUACUUAUCGGCUCCCGUCCGCUUUGUUUGCCCUGGCCAAUUACAAUUACGCCGGUCGGUGAGCAGUUCAUUAGCGACCAUGACUAACCGCUUUUCGGCCCAAUCUAAUCGGCUUUGCCAGCCAGCCCGAUUGAUUCCUAAUUUGAGAGUUCAGCACUGAGUGUUUUGUACAAAAUAAUACACGGAAAAAAGGAUCGAUUUGAUAUCUGCAUGGUUACCUUAUGUACGAUUAUUUUUCUUUUUUUUUUUUUGCAAAAUAGCAAUAUUUUUAUAUCUAGAUAGAAGUAAUAAUGAAUUUCCUUAAAAUGAUCAUCAUAUCUUAUAAAGUUUUUUCUGUCUUUAUAAAAAAAACAUAUAAAUUUAUAUAUUAAAGCUACAAAAAAAGGAAGUAAGUAAUCGCAUUUUCUAUUAACAAUUUAAUAAAUCAAAUGAAAAACACCAAAUCGAAAUGAAAGCGAGGGAAUAUUUUCCCUAAAAAAUCAUUAGCAAGUACUACGGCGUUCAUACUUGUGUUCCAAUUACUUUUCACGCUCUGCUCGAACUCUUUACACUUCAUAUAUGUGGUGGCUAUAAUCUGCUAUGGUUGAUCAAUUGUAAUCGGCGCGAUGUUGACGCAUUAAGCCUCUUAUCCAUCAGCACCACCACCGGCUUUUGGCCUUUUCACGGCCAUACCUCAGUGUUUGUGAGGAGCUUUAUCCGGAAACUGGGUCAAAAUCAGGAAAAUGCAUCAAAAAGAAUUUAUAUAAAUGAGUAAAUGAGUGAAACUAUAGUUCCAUUAGAAUAAUAUCACAUAGUAAGCCACAAUAAAACCUUUAAAGUUGUGUAGUUUAGUUAUUUAUAUAUAGAUUUAUAGAUCACCGUUGCAAAUCAAAUUAGGUUAUAAAAAUUAAAUGAAAAGACAUUUUCGGAGUGUAAUUUAAAUUGAUUUUGCUGUGCGUUGAUUCUUAGUAUCGGGAGGAUAGCUUUUUAUAUACAGAUUGGCACUUAUUCGCCAAUCGUUAACCACAAGUAUUUGAUAUGAUAUGUAGGUUCUGCAAAGCUUAACAAACUGAUUAUCAUGUUGAUGAAGUUUGUGAUUUUCCUUUUAGUAUUUAUUAAUUGAAACUGGUGUCCCACAAUGAUUGAUUUCUCAAAGGCAAUCUCAGAAACAGAAUCACAAAGGGCCGUUCUCAAGCCAACCUGUCUGGACUUCGAUCCACUUCCUAACGACUUGCUUACCCGAAGCGUUAAAAAGUUAUUAUAGACCACCUCCUUACUUUGCCAUAAUUCAGGGAAAAGAAAUGGGAGAAGUUCCCUUUUUUUUAAAAAAAUAUUGCGGCUAAUUUGGUCCGACCAUCCAAACCACAACAACAGGCAAAAGAAAGCGGAAAGAAAUGGCAGUUGGCGGGAGAUUGGGGGUGGUAAAAGUCUUUCCCCCAGCCUAGGCAAUUAAUUUACAUUAAUUUCCCUUUGUUCGCAUGGCAUUGUUUUCCUUCGUCUCGUUUCGGUUCGUUUCUUCUGACUGGAUACCUGCUGCAGCAGCGACUUUAUUAGAAAACAAUUACAACACUUGGGCAUCUCUGCUCUGUACCGUUUCAUCGCGACCUGGAAAGGAGCCGUCCAUUAUCAGCAGGACCUAAGGAGAAAGGUGAAAGUAUGUCGGACCAAGGACGCAAGGUUAAGGAGGAGAAGAAGGAGCAGAAGGAGGAGGAGCUGGAGCUGGAGCAGAUGGAGCCGGAGCCUCCGAGCAGCAGGAAUGGCAGUUGCGGAUCUCCGCCGGAACCGGAACCGGAACCGGAAGUGGUGGAGGAGGAGGAGGAGGAGGCGGCUUCGGGAUCGGCAGCCGGAACAGACGGAGCCGGCUCGGAAGCACCUGGUCCGGCCAACCCAAACACCGAACUGGAACUGGAACGCGACAGGGACAGGGACUCCCAUGGCGACAGGUCCACUCAUAGGGAUGAGUUUGGCACGCAGCGCGUUUAUAAGAAGACCUCGCCGAACUGCGUGCUGACCCUAUAUCUACCGACUCGCGAGAUAACGCUCACCGGGAACAAUCCGUCCGUCUUGCGGGGCAUUGUCUUUGUGGAUCCCAAGGCCAUCCAGGGAUAUCGCGUAUACGCCCAGUUGACGCUGACCUUCCGAUACGGCCGCGAGGACGAGGAGGUGAUGGGUCUGCGAUUCUGCAACGAGGCCAUCAUGUCGCUGCACCAGAUUUGGCCACGUCUCGAGGAGCCCACCCCGGAGUCCCUCAGUCCAUUGCAGGAGGCCCUGAUGAAACGCCUGGGAGACGGCGCCCAUCCCUUCACCCUAUCGCUAUCCUCCUACGCCCCACCCAGUGUCCAGUUGGUUCCGGCCAAGCGAUACUACGGAGCUCCGAUCGGCACCAGCUACGAUGUCCGCUGCUUCAUCGCGGACAAAACGGAUGAGAAGUUCCAUCGACGGGCCUCCGUGAAGAUGGGCGUAAGGGUGAUCUAUCGCACGGAUGUCUUUCAUCAGCACUUGGCUCCCGAGCAGUUUGCCGCCUAUGCCGGUCGACAACAGGGCGCCCAAUCGCCCCCGGCCAGUGCCACGCCCCCCUCGGGCGGGGAAGGAGGUGGCGAGCAGCAGCCGCAGCCGAGCACAUCCCAUCAAUCACAAGCGCAGUAUCAAUCGCAAUCGCAGCCGUCAAGCGGAUCCAAGCACAAGUCCAAGUCGGAGCGGGGCGACUCCUUUCCCAAGCUUCGUCUCUCGCCAAAAUCCUUUCGAUUCAGCGGUCGCUUCGGGCGCAGCAAGAGCGAGAUCGAGAAGUGCCCCAAUGAUCCGUUCCACAACUACAGCAAGUCCUUCCAGGAGCACUGUGACAGCAUGUUGCCGCCGCACACUGGUGCCGGGGUCACCGGAGGCAUCGGGGGCGUCAGCGUGGGACCCUGUGGCGGUCCCCAAGGGUCCGUGGACAAGCCCUUCCUGCUGCACGAUGGAAGGGUCGGCUUGAGGGCCAGUUUGGACAAGGGCUGGUACACCCACGGCGAGGACGUCAAUGUGACCGUUAAUAUACGCAACGACAGCCGCAAGACGGUCCGCAAAGUGCGGGUCUGCGCCAUCCAGCACGUCGAUGUCUGCAUGUUCAACAAUGGCAAAUUCAAGAAUGUGGUGGCCGAUUCGGACAACAUCUCACCGCCGGUGGACCGCACGGUGGCCGCCGGGGCCUCAUUGAACACCACCGUGGUGCUCCGUCCGCAGCGCGGUCCCACCAAGAACUGGAUCGCCCUGGAGGACACUUUGCAGCGCAGCACCGAGCCGGAUGAGAUCACCGGCGCCAUCGCUGCCUCGGCCAUCCGUUCGCCGCACUUUGUCAUGCAGAAUGCCCAGCUGCUUGGUGGAUGUGGUCAUCCCUUGGGCAGUCCGGCCCUGGUCACUCCACAUCCACACUUGUGGCAGCCCCCCCAGGGUCAGGGUCAGGGUCAUCCAGGACAUCCCAAUGCACCGGGAAAUGGCGAGGAGCGCAACGUGUUCGCCAUCUAUGUGUCGUACUAUGUCAAGGUGAAGCUCACCCUAAGCGGCAUGGGCGGCGAGUUGUCCCUGAAGUUGCCCUUCGUUCUGGUCCAUGUGGAUGAGACCCAGCGUCCGGGAUUCGCCUCUGCCACUUUGGGUGAGCUGCGACUGGAGAUGGAGCGCUUGGCCCUGCAUGAUGCACCGGUGGGCAGGAGGAACGGACGACGACAGGGGCCCACAUCCACCGAGAUUGGAGAUGGACCCUCCACCAGUGCUGCUGCUGCAGCCGCCGCCGCCGCCAAGUCAGCUGGCCAACAGGAUUCCGGCAAUCUGGAUCUGAUCGAGACACUGGAUGAUGAGUUUAACAUCAGGGUGCCAGUGCCCAAGAAGAAUGGCGGCCAUAAGCGGCGACUGCUGCGCAGCGAGACCUUGGCCCGGGAUCUGGAGGAGCAGGAGGAGCAUGGUGGCCAGCGACUGGAGGUGGAGGACCACAUCGUCCAGAUCCAUUUGGAGCAAGUGUCGCCGGACAGGGAUGAAGUGCAGCAGCAGCAGCAGCAGCAGCAGCAGGCGCCGGAGCCACAGGGCCAUGCCCCCGGAGCCGAGACCGGAGCGGUGCCCAAGUCGUCGAAUGUGUGAUUCUGAUUGUGGUCCCAAAUGUUCGCCAAACGCAAGAGGAAGCCGUAGUAAGGCAAGUUGCAAGUUGGUUGGGAUUUUAUAGAGGACUGGAAUCACUGGCACCUUGCCACCACCCAUCGAUCAUUUUUGAUUUUUCAAUAUGGCCUUCUGCCAUAUUAAUCAAUAAUCAUUUUCCAUUAAUCAAGAUUUUCUUUUAAAUAUUUCCAUUAUUUUUAAUACAACUUCUUGUGAAAGUCACCAAAAGAAAGGAAUUUAAAAGUGUUAAUUUUCAAGUUCCAUUGCAAUUUUACUACACAUCUUGUUUACAUUCAUAGACUCAAGAUUUGUAACUUUAAUACAAAACUAAUUGAAUCAGUCAAUUAAGUCGUUUCAGCAGCAUUUUAAAAAUGGAGUAAAGGUAAAAUAAAAGAUUUUAAGCUUAAGUUGCUAUUUAAAUUUCUGGCCCAACGAUGGCAGAUCAAAAAUUUGCGAAAUCAGUAUUAUUUAAAUUUAUCCAAAUAUUCUCAAACAAUCUAAAAAUUUUUCAUGUAACCAUUGUUGGGCCAUAAGUUUAAGUAUCAACUCUAGGGGUUAUGUAAGCCCAGUGUAAAUUUAAACAAUAACUAUUCAGUUUCGGUUUCAGAAGACGAAUGACAGGUGUUAGAAGUUAGAGGUUAGAGGUUAGGAAGCCAUCCGAUAAGAAGGUUUAUAUUUAACCGAUGAACAGAUGAAGGUUUCCACAAUUGAAAGUGAAAGUGCAAGACAGUAUGGAUGUCCGUGUUGGAAUUACAUAGUUGGAAAACGGUAUUCCCUAGAAAUUAGACAAUGAAUUGAGGUGAAAUUUUUGCACUCUGAUUAAAUUCGAAAUGGACGAGGCGAAAAACGAAGGAGAUGAGCAGUAGAAUAUACACGCGUAGUUAGUAGCGCUAGGAUUUAUCAUUUGAUAUUAGCCAUGCAAUGCGUUGAAAUUGAUGAUAUUUUGUCUAGAUUGGCAGGUUAGAGUAGUCGAAAUCGGUACCAAAUCGGUAUCGAAAAUCGCGACACUCGACUGUCUACUAAAUUCAAAGCGAGCCAAGCUGAAAAACACAGUAAGAAUACCUAUAUAUUUACCUAGAUCGUAAGUGAGUGUGUGUUUCCAUUCUGCAUUAAUUAACGAGUGCACAAAGAUGCCAAUUUAAAAAAAAAAAACCCUUUUAAAUCGCACCCAUAUUCAACAGUGUACUACCUAAAUAAUCACAUAUAUUUACUGAAUAUUAAAUGUUUGAUGUGUAUUUACAAAACGACAAGGAAAUAUUACAGAGGCCAAAGGGCGGAUGCAGCUGCAAAAUGCAGACUAUUUGUGUGAAAUCUAAAUCGGAAAUCUUUUGCGGUUUCAAACUGACGAAAAGUAUUUACAAAUAACCAAAUAUCAAAAUAACCAAUUUAACCCAGAUGCCCAGAUACCCACACAAAAAGACGUGCACAACACAUAUCUGUAGGUUUUCGGGCUUUUGUUGCCAAUGUCAACAUAUAAUUGUCGCAAUGUGUUGACUUAAAACCAUGGUCAAAUUAGGUAAACUAAGCAGACAGCCGUGGGCACUUUCGUCCAGCUAGCUGAUGGCCAGCCCAAUUUUUGAAGAACGAAAUCUAUUGACAAAGUUCCGAACAGUAAUUGAACACCCACAGAGGAUCGACACUAUAGCUAUAGUUUUUUAAAAUCGUAUUGAAACGUACCCAAAGAGUUUUUGCAAGUAUCGUGGAAAUUAUCCUAUUUGAGAGAACGCCAUCCUAAGAUGCGCAACAUACUUAAACCACCAAGUAAAGAAAACCGAUGAUAUCGAAAAUUUUUAAUGUUAGCUGUACGAGUAACCAUAUGAAUAUGACUAUGAAUAAAUAUAUACUAAAGGGAAAACAAAACUGACAACAAAUAUUACCUAAUAUCUCUGUGUAUAUGUGUCUAGAGUUAAUGUGCAACAUUGAACACACUGAAUAAUGAAGAAUUUAUGAAUGUAAAACGAUUUGGUAAUCGCAAUCCCUGUGCUUGGCCCAUGCCAUCUGUGUGCAGAUCGAUAUGCCGAUCGUUAUAGAUAUUUAAAUAUAUAACCUAUAUACAUACAUAUAUAUUUAUGUGAGUGUUGCUUUGACAAGCCAAGCUACUACUUGAUUUUCGAAAACGCUACACUAACGCAAAUGCGAUAAAAAAAAAAAAAUAAACUUAAAUGUGAUGCAUUUCUAUGAAUACACUAAAGAAUACAUAAUCCCAUAUACAAUCAUAUAUGUAUACACUGUAUUGAUGGCUAUUUAGUUGUAAGACUCCCGAUCCGCAACCGCAUUAUUUAUACUUUAUGAGGUGGAAUCUAUCGCAGCCAAAGAUUGCUAAAACAUUUUUGUUCCCUCCCCGCUACAUUUCGUUCUAUUUCGCAGUACUUUCUGUCUCCAGAUUGCCCGACCACCAGAUACCAAAGCCAAUUGAUUGAUGAUGAAUCUCUUGGUCAGCGGUCGGUGGGCGGUGUUCCAUGGCCAUUUGACCACUGGGCACUGGACUCUGGGGGCAGACAGACCGCUCUAGAACAUCUGAAAAUAUAAUGAAAUAAAUGUUCAACAUAAAA